GAACCCCUGGCCUUUGGCGCUCUCUUUUUCCGGCAUUCCGCGUUGGCGCCAUGCCGGCCCCCGAGAUGCGACCAUCGGAGUAUGAGAACAUCUUGCGUCAGGAGCUCACGAAGCUUCAGGAGGUGCUGUUGAAACAGCACCAGUUGGAAGUGGCGCGAAAAGUGGAUCUCACGUUUUGCCUGGCUAAGGAUGACCCACGAGGACUUGAUGCUCGAGGCAGCAUAGAUGAUGAAGAUGUUGGUAUUCGGAUGGUUCCCAUGGAAUACCACACAGCCACUUUCGACGACCAACAAUGUGAGACGGAGUUUGAGAGUGGCUAUGCCAAGUGCAUGCAAUGGCAGAAGUUCACCUUGCGGUUGCUCUAUGGUGAGGCUGAUAGCCAGCGGGCCCAGCUGGCGCUUGAAGAGGACCGUUUCGUGGAUGAGGAAGAUCUGCAGUUGCGACCUGCAUGGAACAUCUCAUGGCAGGAAGCCUCAAAGACACAUCGUAGUCGCAACCUGAUGGGCUCUGUGCGUAAGACCCACAGCCUGAAGAUGAACGAGUACCUCUGGGAAGACACCUGCCUGGGGCGCUUGGUCCUGCCGCCACGCAGCAAGCCGCAGAUGUUGUGGACCUUGCUGGGAUCUCUCUUCAUCCUAUGGGACUUGAUCACCAUCCCCCUGGAGUUUUUCCAGCUUUCGGACCAAGUUGGUAUCUUCACCGUCAUGGGUCGGAUAACCAUGGGAUUUUGGAUGCUCGAUAUGCCGAUGAACCUGUUCUUUGGCGUUGAAACACAGGGGAAGACGGAGAUGCGCAUCCUGCCCUUGGCGAGGAUCUAUUGCCGUUCCUACUUCUUCUUGGACCUUGCGGUGGUUUCCAUUGACGUGGCACUGCUGAUGGUGGAAUUCUUCGGGGAGGAAACCAGCGACGGCUUUCGCUCUGCUCGCUUCCUCCGCACGAUGCGUUUGCUGCGGCUGCUGCGGUUGCUUCGUGCUGUGAAGCUUCAGCAGGAGUUGACUCUCCUGGCCAACCGUUUUCUGUCGGUUCAUGUCUUCAUGGUGGCAAAGGUGGUGAUGGGCCUCAUCAUGAUGCUCUUAGUGAACCACAUUAUCGCCUGUUUGUGGUAUGGAAUGGGAUCCUGGAUCAUGUUGGAGACGGGCAACAGCUGGAUCGUACGCUCCAACAUGGCAGACGCUGGCUUCACAGAAUCUUACGCCGCCUCCAUGCACUGGACGCUAACACAGUUUACCCCGGCCACCAACGAUAUCGCGCCCAAUAGCGCCCUUGAGAGGCUCUUUGCGGUUUGGGUCAUCCUCUUAGCCAUGGGCGUCUUCUCGUCCUUCAUCAGUUCCAUCACCGCCACCGUGAGUUCUCUUCGCGCCUCGCAAGCGAAGCAGUUUUCACAACGUGCCUCGCUGCUGCGCUUCUUCUGCGAGCGCAACCUGUCGGCGGACCUCUACGGCAAGGUCGAAGAUGUCUUGCGGAAGGAAGGGAUGUUCCAAGUGCGAGUCCAGGAGACGGAAGUGGAACUGAUCCGGGGCAUCCCCGAGACUCUGCAUCAACAGCUGCACGAGGAGAUGUUCAUGGCAAUGCUGACGCAGCUCCGCGUGUGGCCUUCAUGGGCCCAUACCGAGGACUUCCACUUCCUUCGCACCGUCUGCCACUUCUGCAUGGUGGAGCACAUCGCCAAGCCCAUGCAGGAUGCCUUCCUGCCAGGGCGCACUUGCACUGAGGUCUUCAUCAUCGAGACGGGGCGCUUGUGCUACGCUCCAAACGGCAAGGGCGAAGUCGAAGUUGACGAGGGCGAAGUCUUGUGCCUACCAACCCUUUGGGCUGAAUGGAAGUACAAGGGGAGGCUUUGUGCCACGUACGGGGCUGCGUACUACGUAGGCGUUUCCAGCCAGAAAUUUUGCGAAGUGGCCGCUGAACAUGGAGGUCCCUUGUGGCAAUAUUUGCAUAUUCUCGGCAUUUUGCUGCUGGGCUCCAUCGAAUCCACCAAGAUUCGCACGGAUCUGACGUACCCGGAGACCUUGCUGGAGCUGGGGGAGCGCGCCACGAAGUAUGC